GUGCGGUUUCACCGUCUCACUUGCAGCAAACCGGAGACGGAAACGUUGAACUACGUAGCAGAGGCGAGCGACAAACACAGACUAACUGCAUUAAGUGGGAGCUCUUUGGCAUUUGUUUUUGCACUGAGCGUCAAAUUUCUAUUUGACAGGAUAUUGAUGUCAUAUUGUGGAACUCAAAACGGCGGCCGCCGCAGCAAAUGGGACCAACCCGGUCCCGGCUAUGGCUCUGGUGGGAUGGGGGAGGCUGAAGCUGCACCCACCGGGGCUCUGGAUGCUGCAGCUGCUGUGGCUGCCAAGAUAAACGCUAUGUUGGUAGCCAAGGGCAAACUCAAACCCUCGCAGAUAGGCGUCCCUGGACCACCUGAUAAGGCUGUAGUUGUUGGGAAGCCCCCAGUGCCAACAAAGGCCAAGGAUGACCUGGUCGUAGCUGAGGUUGAAAUCAAUGAUGUCCCAAUCACUUGUCGAAACCUCCUGACACGCGGACAAACGCAGGAUGAGAUUAGUAAAGUGAGCGGUGCCGCGGUGUCAACCAGAGGCCGUUACAUGACAGCAGAGGAGAAGGGCAAAGCUGUACCAGGGGAUCGCCCUUUGUAUCUGCACGUCCAAGGACAGACUAGAGACCUCGUCGACAGGGCAGUUAAUAGAAUCAAGGAGAUCAUCACCAACGGUGUGGUGAAGGCUGCAACUGCCUCAUCAUCAUCUUCAUCCUUCCCCCCUGGUGGAGCUUCUGUCACAGUUUACCAACAGCACAAUCCACCUCCUCCCUCACUGCCCCCCAUGACCCACCACAAACCACACUUUCAGUCCGGGAUGCAUUAUGUUCAAGAUAAAAUCUUUGUGGGCCUGGAGCAUGCUAUCCCGGGGUUUGUGGUCAAAGAGCGGGUCGAGGGCCCUGGCUGUUCGUACCUGCAGCACAUUCAGGCUGAGACAGGUGCAAAAGUCUUCCUUAGGGGAAAGGGAUCAGGCUGUUUAGAGCCUGCCUCUGGACGAGAGGCCUUUGAACCCAUGUACAUCUACAUCAGUCAUCCUAAACCAGAAGGACUUGCUGCAGCAAAAACCUUGUGUGAGAACCUGCUUCAGACAGUUCAUGGAGAGUAUUCUCGCUUCCUCAGUCAAAUGAGCACAAUGAUGCCAACACAACAAGGCUUUGCACAGCCUCCAGUGGUGAAUGGGAUGCCUCCGCAGACUUCUUACUAUCCCCCUGCUGGAUACCAGCCAGGCUUCCCCAUGCCUGUACCUCCACCUCAGCCACAACCUGUCCUUCCACCUUACGCUGUCCCACCUCCUUUACCUCACGCAGCACCUGCAGGUUUGCCUCCUCAGUACCCCCUCCCCCAUGCCCCCACACCUGCUCCUGCUCCUGCCCCAGCUCCAACUCCAGCGCCAGCUCUUGCCCCUGCACCUGCUCCAAGCGCUAUGCCACAGAAUCUUCCUCCUGUACCAUUUCCUCCAUCAGCUGCAGCGCCACCCAAAGCUCCACCUCCUGCUGCCCCAGCCAACCCACCACAGAAAAGACGCUUCACAGAGGAGGUCCCAGACGAGAGGAACAGCGGUCUGCUCGGAUACCAGCAUGGACCCAUUCAUAUGACUAAUUUAGGUGCAGGCUUCCCAGUGGGCAGCCCGGAGACUGCAGGUCCCCCAGCACAGAGUUCCUCUGGCCUACCGAGUGAGAGGGACAGUCGGCAGCUAAUGCCUCCGCCUCUGUUGCCUGUGAAUGGAGUAAGACCCAAGAUGGAGGAGAGAAGAGCACCGCAAGGCUCCGUGGACUCUGCAGCGAAGAGAAUGAAAACUGGUUUAGUGGCGUACACCGGCGACUCUUCUGAUGAAGAGGAAGAUCAUUCAACCUCAAAAGCCUCAGGGCCAGGUAACCCUGUGGCAGUCCCCCCCACCUCCACUUCCUCAGGGUGGAUGCAGGGCUAUCGCUGCCCUCCUCCACCACCCCCUCGUGCUAAAACACAGCCACAGUCUAUGCCUUUCUGGAUGGCACCCUAAAACAGGAAAAAUCUAACCUCCUUCAUUGCUUUGUGCAGAGUCUUACAGUCUUUUUCCACCACUCAUCGCCCUUUCAUCACAUGGAUGUCUCUUUACAGCUACAUCUUGGCCGCAGUAUUAUUUUAGUACUUGGGUCCAAAUGGACAUACUAAUGUUUUGGAAAACCCCUCUUUGGUGCACACAUAAUAGUUUGAAGACGAACAUUUGCAGGACUGAUGCCCCAAACUAUUUUGUGGAUGUAUAGAUGGUCAGAUGAGCAAUAUUCUGCCUCCGAUUUUAUUUGGAAUGGAAUAAAAUCCCAUGCCAGGUGAAGUGUUUGAAUAUAGUGUCUUUGUAAAAAAAAAAAAAAAAUCACAAGGCAAUGAUGUUGUACAUCACUGACUACUUUUCAUUUGAUCCCCACAGCUUUUCUUACUUUGUCACCCCCUUUCCAUUCUCCCUAUCCUAGUUGGUGACACAGUCCUUUUAUAUUCUGGUCUUUUUGUACAGAUCAUAUUGGACUAAUAUGUAGUAAACCCACUGAAUUUAUUUCAUGCUUUAAUGAAAUAAAUAAACUUAAUUUAUUGCCGUG